AUGGAUGGGAGGAAGAGAAUGUUAUGUGAUGAUAUGGGGAUGAUAAAGAAAGGGCCAUGGAAAGCAGAAGAAGAUGAGGUUUUGAUAAACCAUGUUAACAAAUAUGGCCCUAGAGACUGGAGCUCCAUUCGAUCCAAAGGUCUCUUGCAACGUACUGGCAAGUCGUGCCGUCUCCGUUGGGUUAACAAACUCCGACCCAACUUGAAAAAUGGGGUGAAGUUUUCGGCAGACGAGGAGAGAACAGUGAUAGAUCUUCAAGCACAAUUUGGUAACAAAUGGGCUAAAAUAGCCACAUAUCUGUCAGGAAGAACAGACAAUGAUGUUAAGAAUUUUUGGAGUAGCAGACAGAAGAGACUGGCAAGGAUUCUGCAGACAUCUGCACCACCAUGCAGCAGCAAGUCUAGGAAGAACAAGGAAAUCCAAGUCUCUCUUCUUGAUGGUGUUCCCUCUUUGGGGGCACCAGAAUUCAGCAUGUCGACAGAGGAAGAAUCAAUAAUCAAGUCACAGUCUUGCUCAUCAUCAUACAUUGAUGAUUCUGAGACAAUCAAAAUGGUGCCUUUACAAGGGUUAAUGUAUCCCAGUUCACUCAAUUUUGAACAGAGCCCACUUCAACUUGAGUUCACUCCAGCCAUUGACAAGAAAUUAUAUGAACAGCAAUUACAACUCCCCUUUCCUCAGAUUCCACAACUCCAGCCAGAUUAUUCUUUACCCCUAGAAAACCAAGACUUCGUCCCACGAAUCGGAGAUCCUAAUUUUUAUGAUGUCUUUGGUCAAGGCAGUGGUUCUGAACUGGGCACUGGACAACUUCCUAUCUUGCCAUCAUGUUUUGGACCAGAUGGUGGCUUUCAAACUGCAUGUCAAGGAGAAAAUCAAAACAAUGUAACCCCGGACAGCUUCAUGGAUGACUUCCCUCCCAUGGACAUAUUUGAUCACCUGGAUCCACUUCCAAGUCCAUCACAGUGGUGA